AUGAGUUAAAUUAAGAAAUAUAGAAAAAAAAACACAAGUAGUAUUUAUUAAAAAGGCAAAGAAAAAUAAAUCAAACAAUAAGCUAAUAAAAAAAUUAAAUGUUUUAAAUAUCUUGAUUUAAAUUUAUAAAAAUAACUAAAAAUAUCACAAUCCAAAACACAUAAAUUGUUUUUAUCUAGUAAAAGUAUUAGAAAAAAAAACGAAUAAAAAAUAUCAAAUAAUAAAAAAUCAAUAAUGAAUUAAAAAAUUUUAAAUGUAAAUUAAGUUAAAAUAUCUAAAAAAAUAUUUGUAUUAAUAAAAUGA